CAACCCCGGUGCUCGCAUGGCGACUUUGACGUGAUUAAAAUUUCGGUCGUAAAAGUUUUGGGUUUAAUUGCGGUGUUUCUAUCGGAUUUCUUGGAAGAAACGCAUUUACGAUAUCGUUUAACUCAAAAUCGUGAUCGUUAACAGAAAAUGUUGGUGACGUUUAAAACCCUUCAGAAUACUACGUUUCAAAUUGAAAUUGACCCUGCUAGCACGGUCAAAACAUUAAAGGAAAAAAUUGAGAAUGAAAAAGGAGUUGACUAUCCAGCUGUUGGCCAGAAGCUCAUCUAUGCAGGAAAAAUAUUAGACGACCAUAGUGUUUUAGCUGAGCAUGGCAUAAAUGAAAAAAAGUUCAUUGUCAUUAUGGUUACAAAGCCAAAGGCUAGUGAACCUGCAACGAUCACCCCACCUGAAGCCACAGCUCAGUCGGUGGCCACUACACCUGCCCCUGUUGCAGCACCAACCCCAGCUCCAGCCCCAGUUGUUUCAGCACCAGUCACUGCAGCCGGAGAUGCUUCAGUUUCUACAGGGUUAUUGGCUGCUGAAUCAGCUUUGAUUGUUGGUGAUGAUUAUAACCAAAUGGUACAGAACAUUAUGGAUAUGGGCUACCCUCGUGACCAGGUGGAACGAGCUCUGAGAGCCAGUUUUAACAACCCAGAUAGAGCGGUAGAGUAUCUUCUGACUGGAAUACCUGAUAGAGCAGAAGCUGGUGAAGGUGCUCCUGGUGGUGGACAAGGACAAGAUGAUGCAGCACUUGAAUUUAUUCUCGGGGGUAGAGGACAAUCGGAAGCAGCGUUAUCUAUGGAAGGAGAAGGUGAAGAAGGAGACGAACUGGCUCCUGGUGAAGAUCCUCUAGCUUUCUUACGCAGUCAACCUCAAUUCGCGCAAAUGCGACAAGUGGUCCAGCAAAACCCAUCUCUUCUCAAUGCUAUUUUGCAGCAAAUUGGUCAAACAAACCCUGCACUUCUUCAAAUGAUUUCUCAAAAUCAAGCAGCCUUCUUUCGAAUGCUUACCGAGCCAGCUUCAGGUGCAGCCGGUUCAGCUAGCGUUGCUCCUGCUAGUGGUGCUCAAUCAGGGACAGGAAGUGGAAGGACGGCAGAAUCCCCUCGCCAAGGCCAAGAGGAAGGUGCCGGAGACUACUUUGCUCCUGGUGUCAUUCACGUUACACCUCAAGAUAAGGAAGCAAUUGAAAGGUUGAAAGCGUUGGGGUUCCCUGAACAUCUGGUAGUUCAGGCAUAUUUCGCGUGUGAAAAGAACGAAAAUUUGGCGGCUAAUUUUCUCCUUUCGCAAAAUUUUGACGACUAAACGUUAAUGAAAUGCCGGAAGAAAAUUUGCAAAUGGCACGCGAUGGAUUGGAUUACAGAAAUUAUGGAAGAGAUGCUGUGUUAAUUGUAAAAUUUGCCGGUUUUCUUCCUGUAUAAAAUGUUCACUCUAGUUAUCACCAUCUUCUCUGUUCACCUACUUUUCUACUAGAGCGACGUUCAUUUUGCAGUUCAGUACUUGCUGUUUCCCGCAACACAAUAAAACCCUUGUAUUGUUUC